GGGAUCUCGUGUGGUCGAAGUGAAACGCGUGGUCGUCGAGGAUACAAGCACUUGCUGCGCUCUGCAUUCAUUUUACGGAUAUUUCCGAAUUUUAUCGUAUAUUGCAUUUUAACUUGUAGUUUCUACUCAUCAUGGAAGUCGACUUUCCUGUAUCGCCUAUUAAGAAGGAUAAAAAGAAGAAGAAGGUCAAGCAGGAACCGGGAGCGGAAGAGAUUGCAAAUUUGGGCGAACUGCAGCGUACUGGCGAUUUUCAGCUCAAACCUUCGGAAGCGAUCGCCCGCCUGGACACUUCCAAAUGGCCUUUGUUGCUGAAGAACUUUGAUCGGUUGAACGUGCGGACCAAUCACUACACUCCUCUUCCGUUCGGAGCAUCCCCGUUAAACCGGAAGAUUAAGGAUUAUGUUACGGGCGGCUUCAUCAAUCUUGAUAAACCAUCGAAUCCUAGCUCGCACGAGGUUGUAGCGUGGAUUAAGAAGAUUCUGAAGGUGGACAAAACGGGCCACUCUGGCACCCUCGAUCCCAAGGUAACGGGAUGCCUGAUCGUAUGCAUCGAUCGUGCCACUCGACUGGUAAAGAGUCAGCAAAGCGCUGGCAAGGAGUAUGUGGCGGUUUUCAAGCUUCACUCGGGUGUGGAGAAGGUGGCGAAGGUCACCCAGGGUUUGGAGAAGCUCCGCGGCGCCUUGUUCCAGCGGCCGCCGCUGAUUUCGGCUGUCAAGCGUCAGCUUCGUGUGCGAACCGUAUACGACUCGAAACUGCUGGAUUACGACGACAAGCGCAACAUGGGAGUGUUUUGGGUGAGCUGCGAAGCUGGCUCCUACAUCCGUACGAUGUGCGUCCAUCUCGGAUUGGUGCUUGGUGUGGGCGGGCAGAUGUUAGAGCUUCGCCGCGUCCGCUCCGGCAUACAGUCGGAGAAGGAUGGUAUGGUCACGAUGCAUGACGUCCUUGACGCGCAGUAUCUGUACGAAAACCAUAAGGAUGAGACGAUGCUACGCCGUGUGGUUAAACCCUUGGAGGGGCUGCUCGUUGGCCACAAGCGCAUCAUGAUGAAGGACAGUUCGGUGAAUGCCGUGUGCUAUGGGGCAAAGAUUUUACUGCCCGGCGUGCUACGCUAUGAGGAUGGUAUCGAGCUCGAUCAAGAGAUCGUGAUCGUAACCACCAAGGGUGAAGCUAUUGCACUGGCGAUCGCUCUCAUGACCACGGCCACGAUGGCUGGUUGCGAUCAUGGAGUCGUAGCCAAAAUCAAGCGCGUCAUCAUGGAGCGCGACACUUACCCACGCAAGUGGGGUCUUGGGCCAAAGGCUUCGAUGAAGAAGCAGUUGAUUGCUGCCGGCAAGCUCGACAAAUAUGGUAAGCCGAACGAAAACACCCCGAAAGAUUGGUUAACUAGCUACACGGACUUCAACCGUGGUGCGGCCAACGGAAAUGGAGCUGCCUCCGAGGAUGUUGGUGGUGGUAAGCGGAAGCUAAGUGUUGGCGAGACAACGAUGGACACUUCUGCAGCCGUGGAAGCCGGUAAUGGAGAAGAGCAAAAAAAGAAGAAAAAGAAGAAGGACAAGAAGGACUACGAAGCUGGCGCUGAGACGAUGGAUCAGUCGGUACCAGCGGAAGAGGGCGAAGCAGGAGCAGCGGAUGAAUCGAAAAAGGAGAAGAAAAAGAAGAAGAAAGUCGCUGAGUAGAGCGAGAAUUAAUCAUUUUUGGGUGAUUAUACUUUUUGCCGAGUGCGAACAGAUACUAUCAAUCAUAUGAUUUAUUUGAUAGAGUACAGUGGUAACUAUUGCAUUACAUGAAUCAACCAAUAACUCCUAAACCAGCGCAGUCUACAAUUUCAAGUUCAGUUUAGAUAUAAUCGAUGAUUCGUACUUUGUUGAAGUGUACAAACAAUCUUUCCGGAACCGAUUAUGAGCAGUCAGGAGUCAUUCAAGUUCAUUAGAACUAAUUAGAAAUGAAGUAAGUGCGACCAGCUUCACAAUUUCUUCCUUCUUUUAUAAUAUGAAGAUUAAUGUUCAGAUGUAACAUUUACAUUUUUAAGUUUCCUUUGCCUGUUACUUCAGGCAGGAACUUAUGUUUAAUUUCGAACUUUUA